AUGAUGAUUUGGAAUUGCGCUGGUUUCCUUUCGGCAGUGCUCGCCCUCUCGGUGACGGGAGCUGCGAGUGCCCAACAGAAAAAGUUCAAGAACAUCAUAAUGCUGAUCCCGGAUGGCUGUGACAACGGUGUCCUGGGACUUGCACGUUGGUACAAGAAUGCGCCUUUGCAGGUGGACGAGAUGUCAAGUGGAAGGCACCAGCCAUAUAUGGCAAACUCCAUCAUGACCGAUUCAGCUCCGGGAGGAACUGCCCUCUCGACGGGUCAACUGACCACGGACAAGUUCAUCGCGGUGGGUCCUCGUCGUGAGGACGUGCUGACCAACCUCAACGAAAGAGACCUUUGGCCUGCCUACGCACCCAUUCCUACAAUCCUCGAAGCUGCCAAGAAAUUGGGAAUGUCCACUGGCCUUGUUUCGACCAGCCGGGUCACCCAUGCUACUCCCGCGGGUUUUGCAGCUCACGUGGACUCGCGCUCCAAGGAACAGGAAAUUGCAAGGCACAUGGUCUUUAAUGGUAUCGAUGUCGUCAUGGGCGGUGGCAGAAACAACAUGCUUCCCAAGCCGGAAUGCUACAACACAACUGGAACCACCCCCUUUGUGGAAGUUGGCAGGCAAACCGAUGAAGGGGAAUACUCAUCGUCGAACCGUCAAACUGGCGCCCGUGACGACUGUCUCAACUUGGAGGAUGAGCUCGUCUCCCGUGGCUACGAUUUGUGUUAUACCAGGCAAGAAAUGAUGGCCAUGGACGUCAAGCCCGGAACCAAGGCUUGGUGCAGCUUUGCUUCCAGCCACAUGGCUCCUGAUAUUGAUCGUCAGUUCAUUGCCCAGACCGAGCCAUCCUUGGCGGAAAUGACCGACAAGGCAAUUGAGAUCUUGUCUCAAAACCCUGCCGGGUUCUUCCUCAUGGUCGAAGGGUCUCAGGUGGACUGGGCUGGUCACGCAAACGACCCCAUCUGGAUGGUGACAGACUUUAUUGCAUGGGAUGACGCUGUGAAAGUCAGCGUUGAUUUCGCCAAGGAAACUGAUACUCUGGUGAUGGCUCAGCCCGACCACAACACAGGAGGACUCAAGGUUGGAAGCUACAAAUUCGAGUAUGUCGACCGCACUGUUGAGUUUGCUCGAGAACCCUUGCUCGGUAUGAGGAUGACUUCCGAGGCGGUUGUGGAGAAAAUGGGCGUCCCCGAGGAAAAUGCUACCGUUGCACUCUUGAAGGCAUCUAUCCUGGAAAACUGGAGUAUCAACAUUACUGACAACGAAGCCCAGCAAAUCCUUGAGUACAGUGACAGGUACUCCGACAAAUUCCUUUCCAAUCCAUCGGAUAAAAUUCCAUUGAACUAUGCGAUGUCUCGCAUUGUCUCCCAUAGUUACACCAUUGCUGGCUGGAGCUCUCAUGGUCACAAUGCAGAAGAUGUGCCCUUGUGGUUCUACGGUAUGGACGUCCCCAAGGGCGCCAUUUUGAACACUGAUCUUGGCAAGAUUGCUGCUGACGCCUUGGGAGGCUUGUCCAAGCUCAAUCGAGAUCUGUUUGUGGAUCUCGAUACUACCUCUUUGACUUGGAGUGUUGACUUGAGUAAAGAGACCAACCCCCACGCCUUGGUUGAGGGCUUUGUGUUCCCCCUGGGAACAGACUACUUCUUGAACAAUGGUGUCAGGGUGAAUCUUCCCGGAAUCACAGUCUACGCACCCACGACGGAGAAGCUCUAUAUCUCCAUGGAAGCUAUCCAGAUUGUGCAGAGCUUGGCUUGA